AUGUCGCUACAGGUCAGGGGUCCCGACGUCUCGGUGACCAAGCAGAAAGCUCUCGAAGAUGCAAAGAAGAUGCAGUCCGCGGUUGAUGAGGAGGUGGCCAAAGCAGGCCAGGACAAGCCACCUUAUCUUCUCAACGAGCUCAUCGGCAAAGGAAGUUUUGGUCGAGUCUACAAAGCAACCGACAUUAAUACGAGUAUGCUCGUUGCGGUCAAGAUCAUCGACAUCGAAGAGAGUGACACCGUCAAUCCCAAGCUCGCCGACACCUUCAAGGAAUUUUUGGCCGAAGUCAACGCCCUGAAGCUUCUCAGUGACAGUGGCGCCAAGAACAUCAAUCAUGUCAUCGACGCGCUUCCCGUCGGCCAGUCAAUGUGGAUGAUCACCGAGUAUUGUGCUGGAGGAAGUGUCGCGACGCUCAUGAAGCCGACGGCCCCGGGUGGACUUCAAGAGAAGUGGAUCGUUCCCAUUCUCAGGGAGGUUGCAGAGGCUGUCUUCUGGGUUCACCGGCAAGGAAUUAUUCACCGAGACAUCAAGUGCGCCAACGUCCUGGUCACCGAGGCUGGCGGCGUUCAGCUUUGUGACUUUGGAGUUGCUGGUGUCAUCGAGACCAAGUUUGACAAGCGAUCUACGUUCAUUGGCACGCCUCACUGGAUGGCUCCUGAGCUCUUUGAUCAGUCAACAUCCUACGGUACGGAGGUAGACAUUUGGGCAUUUGGCUCCAUGGUGUAUGAGAUUGCCUCAGGUCUGCCGCCGAACGUUAUGGCAGGAAUCGACGUCUAUCAGCUCGGAAACUACAUCAAGGCCCAUACGCCUCGAUUGGAGGGUGAUCAGUACUCCGAUCAACUCAAGGAUCUCGUAAGCUAUUGUUUACGGGAAGACCCUUCGAAGCGGCCAACGAUCGAAGAUGUCCAAAAGCAUCCCUACAUCGCCAACACCGCACAGAAGUAUCCUGCCUCGUCACUGGCUCUGCUGGUUAGAGGUUUCAAGUUGUGGGAGUCCCAGGGUGGCAGUCGAAAGUCCCUAUUCGCACCUGGAGGUGCGCAAAAUGUCUGGGACACGGACGACUCAGACUUUUCAUCCACAGCGAUGGCGAAUGACGAAUGGAACUUCAGCACGACCAUGGCUUUCGAUCAACAGGUGUUUCAAAACACAGAUGUCCAGGCGGUCUACGAUGUGUAUGGCUCAAACGUAGAUUUUGAUCCCGGAUUUCUGGAUGAAAUGUCAAGGAACAAGCCGAAGGGUGGUCGCAGAAGGCCACCUCCUCAAGCGCUUGCCGCGAUGAAGGCUCCUCUCGAAAAAGUCUUUGACCCCAAUACGAUUUCCAACUACGAAGAUAAUUCCCGGGCUUACUAUGGCCGGCCUGUCCCUCCGCCGGCUUCCGAUCUCCCUCUCCGAGACGAUUCCCUUCAGUCGAUGACAGUAAGAGAGUCUCUCAUCGACCUCGAUGCUUCGCUGAAUGGUAGCAACCUCGCCAACUUUGUGGACAUGAAUACCAUCAGAGCUGGUGCACCACGUGUGUCUGUCGACUACCACAUGGGAGACGAACCAGAUUUCAACAAGCCACCUCUGAGCGACCCAGCCGAUCUGAACCCCAACAGAAGGACGCAGGACUGGAAGUUCCCAUCAAUGGCGCCGCCAGCCUCGGCGAACCCUGAAAUGUCCAGGUUUCCUUUUAACGAGGAUCGCUCAGGACCCAACUCCGCCUCCAGACCUCAAAUGUUCCACCAUCAGACCGACCCUGUCCCCGCCCCUAACUAUGGAGGUGACUUGACGGUCCCACGGUCGAACUCUCAGAUGAACAACAGAGAAUCCACCGGGAGCUUGAUUGAUUUGGACGAUCUCAUGGUUCCGCAAAGCAACCAGAACAACCGCAUAUCAACCGGCAGUCUAAUUGACCUCGACAUGGGCCUCGCAGACCCCACGCCAGAGCUCACCCGUCCGUCCACGGCCAACUCAGACGUUGCUUCAGUAAGUGGUUCAGAGAUGGGCCUCGCCAAUCCCUUCGAUCUCGAGCGCCACGCGUCUCUGUAUGUCCCAACGUCCAACAGAGAACCUUCUAUCUACGUGCCUGCGGGAGACCGCGAGCCUUCUAUCUACGUUCCUGCAGGAGAUCGCGAGCCAUCGCUCUACAUUCCCACAUCAGACCGCGAGCCGUCCAUCUAUGUUCCAGCAACAAACCGAGAACCGUCAAUCUAUGUGUCCGAUGAUUCCGAUUUCGCAAGGAGCAUCCCUAAAGAUGAUGACCUCGGCCUGGUCGACCUCAACCUAGCCGAGCCCAGCGGCACCGUUCGCCCUGCCAACGGCCAGGCCGGGCUGCGACUCAAUACCCACCAGUCGUUCAACAGCGCGGACUACUCAGAUCCUGAGUUCCUGACACCUCAGCAAGCCGCGCAGCCUGUUUUCCAUGGUAUCCUACGCUCGACGAACCGCGGAUCAGUGCCACUGCCACUGCCGCCUCCUCCGGCACCGCCAUCGGUCGAGGUUAUGCAGGGUUCAGCCAGCGCCGACGCUGUGAAGGAGGAAUUGCGGAGGAUGGCGAUGAGUUUGGGUGAACACUUGAGUCACGCGAACCAGUACCUGUCUACACUGCCUGUGCGCAAGGGUGGCAGACAGGACUUGAUGGGAGAGAUGGCAUAG